ACUUGAAUAGUGAUAGCUUUUCGAUAAUCAAGUAUCGCACAUCACUAAAAUAGUGCAAAGUGAGUUCUUAAAAGUGAUAAAAUUAUACUGAUAAAAAUCAGUUUUAAGUAUAUUUUAGCUAAAAAGCUAUAAAAAAGUGAAAACCACAUUUCGUAAUGUAACAUAAAGUAAAUGCACAAAGCGUUCGUUGGCUGGAAAUACACAUAAUUAAGCGCAAUAGGUUGGGAACUGCACGCACAUCAUUGUACACAAAACCAAAUAAAAGAAACGAGAGUUCAAAAAUAAAUAAAUCAAACAAACACACAACUAAAGCACAAGUAUUUGGAAACUUAACACUCAAAACAAGAACCACAGCAACAGCAGCGACGCACAUAUCUUAAAAACGCUUCUUGAUCUUUGAGCUAAUUAGACUGGCUCAAAACGGAGGAAAUAGGGAGGCGGAGUCUCCCGACGGGGCGCAAGAGAACAGAGCAGCGUGUUGGUGGACACCUUGGACGGCUAUGGGUUGCUUCGGGUCACCCAGCUCCAAACAAACGGAUGUAAAUUCAGAAGACUCCAAAAGUCAAAAGCGUCGAAGCGAUGCAAUAUCAAAGCAGCUCCAAAAGGAUAAGCAACUAUAUCGAGCUACCCAUCGACUACUAUUGCUAGGAGCUGGUGAGUCGGGAAAAUCGACUAUUGUAAAGCAAAUGAGAAUUUUGCAUGUUGAUGGAUUUUCCGAGCAAGAAAAGAAGCAAAAGGUCGAUGAUAUUAAGAAGAAUAUACGCGAUGCAAUCCUGACAAUUACUGGUGCCAUGAGCACACUGAAUCCACCUGUUUCUUUGGAAAAAAAGGAGAACGAGACAAGGGUUGAAUACAUUCAGGAUUACGCUUCCAGUCCCGAUUUUAAUUAUCCUCCGGAAUUUUAUGAGCAUACAGAGGAAUUAUGGAAAGAUCGAGGAGUAUUGCAAACAUUUGAAAGAUCAAAUGAAUAUCAACUGAUUGACUGCGCAAAAUAUUUUUUGGAUCGGGUAAGCAUAAUAAAGAAACCAGAUUAUACACCAAGCGAGCAGGAUAUUUUAAGAUGCCGUGUCUUGACUUCUGGCAUUUUCGAAACACGAUUUCAAGUGGAUAAAGUAAAUUUCCACAUGUUCGAUGUUGGAGGCCAACGUGAUGAACGGCGUAAAUGGAUUCAAUGCUUCAAUGAUGUUACAGCUAUAAUUUUUGUAACUGCAUGUUCAAGCUACAAUAUGGUAUUGCGAGAAGAUCCAACGCAAAAUCGUCUCCGUGAAUCAUUGGACUUAUUCAAAAGCAUUUGGAAUAACAGAUGGUUACGCACAAUUUCUGUAAUUUUAUUUUUAAAUAAGCAAGAUUUGUUAGCUGAAAAAAUUAAAGCUGGAAAGAGUAAACUUUCGGAAUACUUUUCCGAAUUUAACAAGUAUCAAACACCAAGUGAUGCUAUAACAGAAUCUGGUGAUGACCCAGAAGUGAUCAGAGCAAAAUAUUUCAUUCGAGAUGAAUUUUUGCGUAUUUCAACUGCUAGUGGCGAUGGCAAACACUACUGUUAUCCGCACUUUACAUGUGCAGUUGAUACGGAAAAUAUCAAAAGAGUGUUUAAUGAUUGUCGAGAUAUAAUUCAAAGAAUGCAUCUUCGCCAAUAUGAGUUGUUAUAGGUUUAUUUUUAGUGUCAGUGGAAAUAAAAAUAUGCAAAUAAAAAACAAAAUUCUUUAAGAACAAUUAAAUAAAAAUACCAUGUUUGAUCAAAGACACAUAUUCAUAUUUUUAUUCCUAAAAAAAUAGGCGGGGAGGAAGCAGGUAUUCUAUAUAAAAAUAUGUACGUAUACAUAUGUACAUUAGGGUGUCCCUUAUUUCGAAAAGGGCUCGGAUUCUCGUUCUUACCCCCUAGAAAUGUGUGAAUAGCCUAUAAACUAAACUAUACA